AUGAACUCACAGAGUGCAGCAUAUCCUGUGAAUAAUACUUUUGUGCGUCCAGAAAUGUUCUACAUAAGUGGUUUGCAAGAUAUGCCCUUUGCUAACUAUUUCUAUAUUUUUUUACUAGUUAUAUAUUUUCUUACUGUGUUUUCUAAUAUAUUUGUUAUUGUACUAAUAUAUUUGGAGCAAAGUCUUCAUAGUCCAAAGUACAUUGCUGUUAGUCACUUAGCAUUAGCUGAUUUGUGUGCAACUACAGCUGUCGUUCCUAAACUAAUAGAUACAUUUCUUUUUAACUCAAAUUCUAUUAGCUUUGACGCAUGUCUAGCUAACAUGUUUUUUGCCCAUUAUUUUAGUGCAGUGCAGUCACUUUCUCUUGCAAUAUUAUCUUAUGAUCGCUUUCUUGCUAUUUGUUUCCCUUUACAAUAUCACAGUAUUAACACUAACAGUAGGAUGAUGAUAAUUAUAUUCUGUGUUUGGCUCUUUACUGUGGUCACCAUAUUUAUAACUGUAAUCCUAAUUACCAGACUCAGCUUCUGCAAGUCCACGGUGAUAAACAGCUAUUUCUGUGAUCACGGACCUGUGUUUCGCUUAGCCUGCAAUGAUUUUACCCCCAAUAUAAUAAUGGCUGUUGCUUAUACAACAUUGUUUAUAUUUGUACCACUGGCAUUCAUUCUUUUUACAUAUUUAGCGAUUGGAACUGCAUUGCUAAAAAUUGCAACAUCAGAAGGAAGACAGAAAGCACUAAAAACCUGCACUUCACACAUCAUCUUAGUGGCAAUGUUUUAUACUCCAUUGGCAGUUACAUAUUUGGUGGAACAAAUGCGUAGAUCAAAUUCAAAUGCGAGAAUUUUAAGUAAUUCAUUGUCAGCAACAAUUCCACCAAUGCUCAACCCCAUAAUUUAUACUUUAAAAACUGAAGAGCUGAUGAAUUCAAUUAAAAAAUAUAUAUCAAAAGAAAACAAGAGAGGGAACACAAAGUAA